CUGGGGGCGGGGCGUUGCAGCGACCCCCAGCCCCCGGUGUCGGCUUCGAGGGGCCCCCCGUGAGCGGUGCAGUGGCGGCCCGACAGCGGCGAGAGGCCGGUGCCGCCAUUACCGCCGCCGCGGAGGCCAACCGGCGAUCGGAGCUUUUGGAGCGACGGCAACAGGCGCUCAACAGCGUCAAGCCACCGCCGGAAGUGGGAAUGCAGCGAAUCGCGGGAGUGGCGGUGGACGGCAGGGGUGCCGUACUCAGCGCCGGCAGCGGCGGCGGCGGCGGCGGCGGCGGCGCGAUGUCUAGGGAGGAUGUGGCGGCGGCGCAGCUUCACGGCCUCCACGUGGCGGGGCAGGCGGCCCACCUGUCCGCCAACCGAGGGGGGGCCCAGGGGCCGGGCGGGGGUGGUAGCGGCAGUGACAGCGACCCGGAGAACUUCUUCGAGCGGAGGGUGCUGAAACCGCUGCCACCGCAAUUGCAGGGUGAGCUCCGAGACCUGGGCGCCGCCAUCACCCGGGACAUAUUUACAGACUCCCCCAAUGUACGAUGGGACGACAUCGCCGGACUGGAUCAGGCGAAGCGGCUGAUCAAGGAGGCGGUGGUGAUGCCGAUCAAGUACCCGCAGCUGUUCACAGGUCUUCUGGCGCCGUGGAAGGGCGUACUGCUGUACGGACCACCGGGAACUGGCAAGACUCUUCUUGCCAAGGCCGUGGCAACCGAGUGCCGUACAACCUUUUUCAACAUCUCUGCAUCCUCCAUCAUUUCCAAAUGGCGUGGCGACUCGGAGAAGCUCGUACGGGUGCUAUUCGAGUUGGCCCGCUACCAUGCCCCCUCCACCGUCUUCCUGGACGAGAUUGACGCGCUGAUGGCAGCUAGGGGCGGCGAGGGUGAGCACGAGGCCUCACGGCGCAUGAAGACGGAGCUGCUCAUUCAGAUGGACGGACUGGCCCGCGGGGGGGAGCUGGUGUUUGUGCUGGCAGCCACGAACUUGCCUUGGGAGUUGGAUAUGGCCCUUCUUCGUCGGCUUGAGAAGCGCAUCCUGGUGCCGCUGCCCAACUCAGCCGCCCGACGAGCCAUGUUCGGCACCCUGCUGGCCGGCAGGUGUGCCGCGGAUGUGAGCGUGGAUAUGCUGGCCGACAAGACAGAGGGAUACAGCGGAAGUGAUGUUGCUGUGGUGGCCAAGGAGGCGGCCAUGCGGCCCCUCCGGAGGCUCAUGUCCAAAUUGGAGCUGGAUGGGCCCGUGGAUCCCAACAUGAGACUGGAGCUGGGCCCUAUCACUGUGGACGACGCACGUGCGGCUCUGGAGGUGACGAAGCCCAGUGCCCGGCUGCACGAGGACAAGUACCGCAAAUUUAAUGACGAGUACGGCCAGCUGGCCUGAUUCGAUGGCGGAGCGGCGCAACGCGAAGAAAAGGAGGGGACGCCACGACGCGAGGGUGCGAGAGGGAGAGCGCGGGAAUUAACGCUGUUACAUUGGUGGACCCUCU